AAUUACAAAUGAAGCGAUCUAAGAUAAUUUUCCAGAUGGCUAUUUGUUCAUAUUUUGACAGGAUUAUUUACAAAUGAAGACCUGACAAUAAUUUUCCUCACCUUUCAUUCGCCAAUAUUACGCCUACGUCAUCGAAUCUAAUACACUUUAGCACCUGGGUAUUUGUGUGUUUAGAAUGUGUGAGCGAGUGAAGUCCUUUGUGUUGUGCAAGGAUAGGUGACUGUGCGCAGUUAUUUUUGUGCCUGGUGCUGACAAGUCGAAGGAGUUGUUGGUUGAAGAAUACUUUUUACUCAAAUCAGUAACACUUCUUGGGUGCCAAGAUGUCUCAGUUGUAUCCAUCUCUGGAGGACAUGAAGGUGGACCAGAUGGUUCGGGCAGAGCAGGCGGCGGCCGGCGCACCGCCCGCCCCGGAGGGCCUGCCGUACCCGGUGAGGCCUCUGAUGCCGGUGGCGCCCGGCCAGGAGCAGUUUGCCCACCUGUACCCGUCGCUGACCGACUACAUGGGCCUCGAGCUGACGCCCGAGCUGGUGGCGCAGCUGGAGGAACAGGAGAAACAGCUCGUCCAGCAGCAGUCGAGUGUGGUGCCGUCGGCCUCGUCCUCGGGCGGGUACCAGCUGGUGGCCCCUAUCUCCGGACAGAGCGGAACCCUGCAGAAGGCCGCCGUCAGCCACGCCAUCCGGGAGGUGACCCUGUGUAAGGACCGGGACGGCAAGGUGGGCCUGCGCUGCCAGGAGAUCAACAAGGGCGUCUUCGUGGUGCUGGUGCAGAAGAACUCGCCGGCAGCCAUGGCCGGCCUGCGCUUCGGAGAUCAGAUUCUGCAGAUCAACGACGAAUCCGUGGCUGGAUAUGACAUGGACAAGGUGCACAGCAUCUUCCGGAAGGCGCGCUCUGAUGCAAUUAAGGUGGCAGUGCGUGACCGGCCGUUUGAGCGGACCGUCACCAUGCACAAGGACUCGAUGGGCACCGUGGGCUUCCAGUACCGCGAGGGAAAGAUCAUGGCACUCGUCAAGGACUCGUCGGCUGCCAGAAACGGCCUUCUAACUGAGCACCACCUCCUGGAGAUCAACGGCCAGAACGUGGUCGGGCUGAAGGACAAGGAGACCAAGGCCAUCAUCGACGAGUGCGGGGACGUGCUGACCAUCACCAUCAUGCCCUCCUUCAUCUUCGAGCACAUGAUGAAACGUGUGCAUUCCAGCGUGAUUCAGAAGCUGAUGGACCACUCGAUCCCAGACUUCUAAACGGCGCGGUCCACCACGGAGGGGUGAGGAAUGAGGAUGCCCCCUACCUGCUGGGCUGGGCCGCCGGUGCUAUCGGGCAUGACAGUGACGGCCACCCUGGCAGAGGGGUCGGUCAGUGUAAAAGGAAUAUUCGUAACGGGCGAACCGGAGGGCGAGGUGGAUGGCUGAUCAGGUGAAGAAAGAGGAAAUCUCUGCUCGAUCUAUAAGCGCAGAAAUUAAUCUCACGGGAUCCGAUUUACUCUUAAUGGGGCCAUGACCGCCACGCCACGUCAUGUUAUACUAACCCGCGUCUCAGCUUGCUGAUGAGUAUGAUUCAUCUGUGUGAUUGCUAACUAUAUAUUAAGCCGGUGACAGCGGUGGAUUGUGAUCUAAAGUUACUUCGAGGAGUUUGUAAGGCAACACGAGGGCUGAACGAACAGACGUUUCAGGUCAGCCGCCAAGGCACGGUUAAGUGUCCUUACAAUAGUUAGGCAGUGUUGUAAGCUGUGAGAAGUGAGAGCGCUAUAUCUCGACUAGGAUACCGCCUCAUGAGGUGCUGCGUGGUUGCCAUACGGUGCGUCUGAAGGUAGAUGCCUCGCGUGCGGUUGGUAGUCUUCUAGUAUAUGUGUUCUAGUAUAUGCUGUUCGUCAGUCUCAGCCGAAUGCUGCGGCCGUCUUGCCGUUUGUGCAACAUCGACGUGCUGUUUUGUUGUAGAUUUUUUUUUAAUGUACGGCAUAGCGUAUUCACACCCCAAAAGUUCUUUUUUUGUCCCACAAAUUUAGCUUAUCGCACUAAACUAGCUGGCUCGCUUAGAUUUUCCGCAUAUCUCCUGCAUCAUUACGCAGUAUGAUGCACCAACCGCCCUGGUUAUUAAGAAGGUACGAAUGUGCGCUAACUUGGCAAAAAGGCACGCUUUUGAUGGUCUAGAUAUACUUUCUUAGAUAUAUUACAGUGCUGUGGCCACCUAUAUUCUGGGGAGCUUCUGAUUCCAGAUUAGUCGAGAUCGGAACAACGCCGUCCCGUAGUCUAUUUUGAAGUCGGCUUCAAUCUAUGUUUAUGUCGUCUGGUCCGAUCAGAAUAUAUGGUUUUAUUUUA